AUGUUGCAAACUAUUAUGAACUUGACGCUUUUUAUAAGCCAGUUGGAAGACGACAAAUACUUGAAUGAAUCACUACUCAGUGAGCCUGAAUUCAUCAUUACCUCACUCCCACCUUUGUACCUAGCGUCAAAAAUUGCAAACGGCACCUAUACUUCAUCAGAGGUUACAGCUGCAUUUGUCAAAAAAUAUCUUAUAGCCCACUAUAGCAGUGGUAUUAACCCUCAGGUAUAUCAGGAGAUUCACGAAGCAUUGGCCAUGGCCAAAUUCUUGGAUGCUUACUACAAAAACACAGGCAAAUCAACAAUAGGUCCAUUACACGGACUUCCCGUCAGCAAAGACCAGUUGUCUGCAAUACUGUCGCCUUUUGAAGGUGUUGCCGAUGAUGCAUUGGGCUAUGUCAAAUUGAACUUUACUCACUAUGAUUUAAGUGGCAGUCUACAGGGUCCUGUGUCACCAAGAAUGAACCCAUCGAUUGUAAAAGGUGCAAAUGCAGUGUUGGCAUAA